GUCAACAACGCAUGACGUCACAACAACGCAUGACGUCAUGACGCACGUGCCCUGUGCGUGCGUCAUGUCGUAACCGCGGGGAAACAUCGGCGCGUCACCACAAUGGCGGAAAGCGACGCCCAGGGCGAUUGGUUGACAGACCUCGAGGACCUGCUCUCGGGUGGAGCAGGUGUGGAUGUGGAGACGUUGAAAAGUCUCCUGCACGGACACCCAGUACCCGCACAUCUCCGUGCCCGUAUCUGGCAGGCAUGCCUGGGUGUGCGUGGACCGGCAGAUGCACUGGCCUCGUGGGAUGGGGUAUGUGAUCUACCUGAGCAGGAGACCCUUCAUGCCGACUGUGAGAGACUUAUUGCCUCGUUACCCGACGAACAGGACAAGGGCUCGCUCUUGAGCCUGGCAGAGGAUGUGCUCACGUUCUGCGUGAAGUCGCGCGGUGUGCGCUACGAGGCGGGAUCCGGUCUCGUGCACCUCCUCGGGCCGCUGCUCACACUCAACAUGACGCGUGCGCACACAUACGGCUGCCUGUAUGCACUGCACACGAAGUACACCCCCAGGGAUGGCAUACAGGCUGUGCACGCACUGCGGCUGCUGCUCCAGUACCACGAGCCACGGCUCUGCUCCUUUCUGGAGACAAAGAAGAUUUCACCCGAUGCCUUCGCACGCACAUGGCUGGACAGCUUGUUUGCCAGCAUAUUCACGGUUCCUGUUGCUAUAACGAUGUGGGACAUGAUCCUGCAGCUCAACGACCCCUUCCUCGUGUUCUUCCUCAUUCUCGUCAUUCUCGUCAAUGCCAAGGACUCUGACAGCUCUGAUGUCAGCAGGAUAACAAGGAGAUAUUUGUUUUGCAGGGAGAGUGUUCUAGCUCUUCAGGAUGGAAGCCGAGAAGAUAUAUUAGCACUACUCCAACAGGCUCCGUGUGGUUUGCAGGAGGAUGAUAUUGAGGACUUCUGCUCCCUGGCACAGUACUACAUUUCACGCACACCCGUCUCCUUCCGCAAGGAGUUCCAGGCUGUGUUUGGGGGAUCGCUGGUAGCGGUGAGGGCUGCAGUAGGAGGAGGAGCCUCGCAGACCCUGUGCCUCCCAGUGAGCGCCUCCGAAAUCCUCAACUCCAGCGCGCACACCAAUGGGGAGGGUGUACGGUUCUUUGUGGUUGACUGCCGGCCUGCUGAGCAGUAUAAUGCAGCACACUUGUCCACCGCCUUCCACCUCGACCCGCACUUGAUGCUGCAGAACCCGUCCGAAUUCGCCGUGUCCGUGCGGGCGCUGCUGGAGGCCCAGGCGGUCGCCAUGGCAACAGGCUCGGUCGCUGGGGGCGAGCACUUGUGUUUCAUGGGGUCCGGUAACCAUGGAGACGACGACGAGAUGUACCUGCACAUGGUGCUUGCUCACUUCCUCCAGAAACACAAGGAGUAUGUCAGCAUAGCACGUGGAGGAUUCAGGGCCGUGCAGCAGUAUCUGGCGGACGUGCAGGUGGAUGCGGAUGAGAACCCCUACCAGGAGUGGAUAACGAGCACGGGGCCUUCCAACCAGCAUCCCUCCACGGAUGCAGGAGAGGCACCAGGGGUUUUGUCUCUGGUCACAAAGAUGACGUCGGCGCUGCGCAGCAAGUCUGCCCAGGUGAGGGAGCGCGUCGUGGGUCUCAUGGAGAACUCCGGCUCCCCGGGGGACAGGCCAGGGUAUGGCCGGCCGUACCGUGGAGUCAAACCUGUGUUCAGCAUCGCCGACGAAGAGGAGUGUGAGAGUGACGAGAUGGAGGAGGGGGUGGUGUCGGACGAUGAGCGGAGGGAGGUCGUGAGUCUGCAGACCUGGCUGUCCAAGCCUGAUGUCAAGCACCACUUCCCCUGCACCGAGAUCCGCGACAACGGACGCACAUACGCAUGUCAUCUGCUGGUGACCGCCACGCACCUGUACGGCCUUCGGGAGUUGGGAAGCCGGGGCGGUGGCGGGGCCGAUGGCGCGUGCAUCGUGUCACGCCGGGCCCUUAGCUCCGUGCUCAAGAUCACGUCCAAGAAGAGGCGGCCUGAGCUCAUCACCUUCAAGUUCGGCGUCGCCGAUGGCAACAACCUCACGCUGCACGCCACCGACAGGUACCUUAUCCCUAAUGCCGGCGAAGCCACCAAACUCGUGAAGCAACAGAUAAUGAGGGUCCUGGACGCACUGGAGACUUAACCGCGGAUUCUCGCGCACACAUCCACGUGUGCCACCUCGCACUUGCGCCGCACACUGGCACGUGUGUGAGUAAGCACACUUCACUAAGCACACACACGCGCACUCCAUUCAUUCACACAUACUUUGCAGCCCCCGCAGAUGCCUGCACUUUCAAUCGCCGAGGAACCUUGGAAGGCCAGAGACCUGCCACUCUUUUGCACAAAAUGCCUGGGGAGGCAAUCUCAGCAGCAAGCUGUGUAGCCGUUAAUAAACGCUUCGGGAGGGUGAUAAAGGCCCAGGAAAUGUAAGCAACUCUCAGGGGGGCACUCGUAAGGAUGAGCCACACCCCAGGAACAAUCAGAAAUGCAAUAGGUCAUGGUUUGUCUCCCUAUUCAAAUGAGCAACGGGGUAGCACUCUUCUCAAUUGGCAGCCCCAAACUGGCGGUGGAAAGUCCACAUUUCCAUGGAGGGGACCAGUGACCUUGGUACAAAGGACCACUGUUGACGUCCCACAAAGUGGGUGUCAAAAGUGGCUUGCGUCAACUGAAAAGGAAUGAUGGGCCGAGAGAACUCUCCCCCCUCCCUCAACCUGAGAUGUAAACUUGCAGCCUUCCCAUUGUGCUCUAAGCAACGAAUACUACCCAGCUAGAUUCAACAUGCAGUUUCCACAGCUGAAAUUAACAUAGCCUAAAAAUGCAGUGGUACUUCAUGCUUCCGAGUGUGGAACUCGUCGUAAGCUGCUGAGCCACUCCAGGGGGCGGAAAUGAUGGGGAAGCCUUGUCACCUCAUCAGAGGCUCUAUAAAAUUAUAGUGAAUCAAUGUGUGCUCCGAAUAAGCAUUAGUAAGUGCAAGGAAGCAAUGGGAUGCAAUGUUACUAUUUCAGGAACAACAGUCAUCAGAAUCGGAAUCGUUUCUAGACGAGAAGAAAUUCAUCUUCUUGGUUCUUUCGGUAAAGUCACGUAGAAGGGAAAUAAUAAAAUAAUAAAAUUUUAAUUCAUCCGAUUAGCCUAUGAAGCUCCCUUUUCACAGAGGACCACUAAAAAAAAUGGCAUGGCGUGCACUUGGAAUGGUGGGGAAUCAUGUUCUACAUUGAGGAAAAGGUUCAUCUGUUCACGUCACAUCCUUCACAACACGCAGUUUACUUUCAUUCCUUAUUUAACCAGGUGACAGCACGGUGAGAUGCAUCUAAUUUAGCGAGGGAGCCUUGGGAGACUUAUAUUUGUGUCAAAGUGAAAUUGUCUCCCUGGACAAAAAUAACAAUGAUGAGGUGGCUAUCAACUCUGUUGGUUGCACCGAGCAAUUGAUGGGAAUUCCGCUUUUUCCACAGUUAAGGGCCAGUCUCCCAUUGGAUGGUUGCUGUUUAAUUUAGGAUGGAUUCUACAGAUCAAGCCAACCGCCAACUUGGGUUUGAACUUGCGAUUGCGAGUCGCGUAUUCUAACCACGACACCACCUGGCAUAUAACGUAUUUAUAGGGGUGCAUAUAUUUUGUUUACAUUAAAUUGUGGGUACUUUGCAGACGUGGGAAUCGGGCUAUGAUAAACCAGCACACAAUGCGCUUUUCUUCUGAAAGUUAUCGCAGGGUUCUUUUAACAAGUAUGUUUUAUUGGUAUACAGCACUCCCUUUAACCUCCACGCACGCAGAAAUUUCCUCCCAGCAACAGGACAUUAAUGUGGCCUCCGCGUCACCUUUUUUGAAGCACGCAUGUGCACUCCGUACUGUACACAUUGCAUCCACGCACAUGUAAGAUAUACCCUCUUAAUUUUAUACCCCUGAUGAUACGGUCAAUAAAGUACGUGCACACAAGCAACAUGUACGUGUGGCACGCUUACUAGAUGUUAAUGGAUUUAAUGUAUCAAUUUGUUUUGCAAAAUACUGUAUACCAUUGUCAUUUGAUUCCGUGUAUCUUCCCACUACCGGCAUCGACACCAUGUCUCUUUGUUAUCAGCGUCAUUGCUGUUGCUUUAUUUCCUUUUGUCUUCAUCAUCAUCAAGCACAUUGUGACACCUUCCAUCACCAGUGCAUACACAUUCUCUUGCCUGUCUUGUGUGUUAUCGUGGUUGCAAUUAAUAAGCCAGAUGCAAUAAAACAUUAUUCCUUGAA